CUUCUCUUAGCUUUCGCAGGCUGGAUCCAGCUUCAGGGCAGAGCACAGCUGUGGAGGAGUCACCAGUCUGCCCUGGUGUCAAAAGGCCCCCCGUCACCAAGCAGAGCCCAGGAACUUCCGAGCAGCACAGGCAGAUGAGGCUGAGCAGCACAAGCCGCACGAGCUCCACACCAGACCGUGACGCUCCCAAGUAGCAGAGUCGGGAUUUGAACCCAGGGCACUGGCAGAGCCCAACCCACCAGGUUGCUGAGAGGUCUAGAGGGGCUGGGGCAGGCCCAGGGCACCCACCGUGUGCAGGGGUCUGUGAGAGGAGGGAGCUCGGCAGGGAAAGAGGAGGGUGGCCUGCGGCCUGGCUUCUUCGCUGUCCUUGUGUGUCUGGAGCAGCAGAAUGGAGGCCAACGCCACGUCCAGCGCUGGGCUCACGGCCACAGCCGAGCAACCGCUCCGACUCGUCUUUGCAGGGGUCUGCGGCCUCAUCCUGCUGGUGGGGUUGCUGGCCAAUGGGCUGAUGCUGCUGGUGGUGGGUCGGGGCCCGGGCGCCCCCUGCCCGCUCCUCUCCUUGACCAAUAGCCUCAUGGUGAACAUCACGCUGUCCGACCUGCUCUUCCUGGCCUGUGUGGUGCCGGUGCUCCUGCUGAGCUUCCUGCGGCGGGACUGGUGGCUGGGCCCCACCGUCUGCACCACCAGCCAGGCCGCCAACAGCGCCACCAUGUUCUGCACCUUCUACAGCAUGGUGGCCACGGCGCUCCUGCGCCACGUGGCUGUGGCCUGGCCUGACCUGGCCCUCCCGUCUGGCCCGGGUGCCCGCCGGCUGCUCUGUGGGGCCAUGUGGGCCCUGGGCCUCAUGGCCUCGCUCCCCACCUGGCUGUUCCAGCGAGCAGUUGUGGAGGAGGGGGCCUGGGCCUGCCUCUUGCUCCUGAACCCUGCUCAGACCUCCUGCUACUUCACGCUGCUGGGAGCGCUGGCCUUCCUGCCUUGCGUGCUGGGGCUGGGCUGCUCUUUCGGCCACAUGGGCUGGCUCCUGUGGACGCAGCCCUGGGGCCCCGUGGGGGAGAGCGCCCGGGAGCAUCAGGAGAACACCGGGCUCAUCCUCGUAGUGCUGGUGGUCUUCGUGCUGAUGUGGGGGCCCUGCUCUGUGCUGGGCUACGUGGCAGCCAUGGGUGACCUGCCUGCCACGCCCGUGGCGUACGUGGCCUCCAGCCUCUGCACUCUCCUGGCCUACUCCAACUGUGCUGUCAGCCCCGUCCUCUGCUUCUACCUCUCUCGCCCCUUCCGGGCCAGGCUCAGGGGCCUCUUUCGCAGGCCGCUGGCAGCCAGGCAUCCCAGGGCUGUGGGAGGAGCUGGCGUGGUGAUGGAGAGUGUCCAGCCUGGACAUGAUGGGGCUCCGGGAAGCCUCUGGGGCCUGGUGGGGGUCUGAGAGAUUAGGCUGAUGGGAAGGCUGAAAUUCAAAAGAGUUGGGAAGACCCCUAGCGACAUUAGAUCCCAUCCCCUCCAUUUUACCAGUAGGGAGACGAAGAUCCAGAGACGGGAGGCAGCCCAGCAAAGGUGACGCAGCAGUUAAACAGCAACUAGAUCGUGGCGCCCAUUUUUCCUUGGGGCUCAGAUGGAUACCGAUGGGCUCCACGGCUUUCUAGUUGUAUGACCCGAAAAGCCCCUUAACCUCUUUAUGCUUCAGUUUUCUCAUCUGGAAAGUAGAAUCCUGAUAGUACCCUUUUCACGGGUUGUUAAAAGAUAAACUUCCCGAAUAUACAGUGAUUAAAGGAAUGCCUGGUGCUUUAG